CGUAAUCUGGAGUUGCCAUAUUCGCAAUGGAUAAUUGGAAAAUCAAUGAUGAUGAUGACAAGUCGGCGGCUGGUCCCGCCGCUGCCAAAUUUCUGUCACGGAGGUGCCCCCGCAUUGGUCCUCGGCAUGUUCGUUAUCACAAGCUCGGGGGGACAAUUGCGUCGACAUGCGUUCACGCAAAUAGGCCAGGGGGUUUGGUCCGAGUUGCGCUGCUUCGUUGAUCCACUCUGUUCAGGCAACAAUAUUCUGGACAGACGAAAAGCUUAUCGAUCUCGCCGCUGAUCGUUGAAUUCCUUGAUGUCCUCACAUCCUUGGCUAUACAUACGCACAGCAAGCGAACUACACGAUCCGAUAUUCCUUUUCUUGAGGACCACAGCAUUACACACGUCGAUAACCACAACACUUCUUACACGCAAUCAUGACUGAGCUCAAGGGCGGCAAAUUUCAGCCCGCCGCUGACCCAAGUAUCAACAAAGGUCAAGCCCUUUCCAGACCUGCAUCGGACGCUUCACAUACUGGCACGCUUCGGGACGAUCUGCCCCCAGCUUAUGAUGACCUCCAACCUGGCGGAAACCCCAGCGGUCCGUCAUUUGGAGGUCCCGCUGUCGUUCAAGCAGCAAACUCCUCUCCCGCGACGCAAGCAGACCCAUCUGCACGGCAAAAACUACACCCGAGCGAGGUUGGCCCUACAACAGACCAGCCAUUCCACUUUCCUACCAAUGCCGUACCCGCCUACAAUGCGCUCGACCCGGUACGCCGGCCAUUGGCAAUCCCGCAAUUGCAGCCCAAAGAGACUUCUCCCUUCCUCGAGGCGUAUCCAGUCUGCCUUCUCAGUUUUGGAAUCCCCGAAGAGAGCUGGCUUUCAUUUGUAGAUACCCUGUCCGCUUUCCUCAACGCCGCUGUCGGCACCCAGGCCGUCCAGCAUGCUGUUGACUUAGCGUAUACUCUUGGUGAAGCUCACAAAGAUUGGGCUUUGAGCCAGAAAGACGCCGCCAUGGAUCUUGGCCGGAAGGCCCAACGCGGAGACCUCAUUGGCGUCAUCGGAGGCACCCUCGGCCUGACAUUAGGCACUGCAGGGCAUAUUGUCGACUCGGUCCUCAAAUUUCCAGGACGUCUAGUGAAGCGACCACAGAGCCCACGGGACCGGGCUGAUGCCUAUGUCGCUACCGCUAACAAGGACUGGCUCAAUGCUCGGGGUCUACAUGCUCGCAUUGUGGACACGGAGCAAUUGGCGGAAGUGGCUGAUGCGACACUCGAUGACUUUGUCAAGAGUGCGCGAAAGGCAAAAUCGGUCGGCGAGCAGUUCUCCGGCCUUUCAACGUGGAUCGCGGAAAUGCACAUCGGCGAGGCGAAGGACAUCCGUGCUAAGGGAGACAAGGCGAAGCUGCCGAUGGCAGCAGCACCCGCGCUUGAUAUCACCAAGAAGACCCUGUGGUUGACCAUGCUGAAGCUCGACGAGGAGGAGAUGGCAAUGGCUCAGCAGGGGGUGCCCUUGUGAGGAAUCUACCAUGAAAGGGUAUGAUGGGGAUCGUUUGCUAGGAGCGCAUGAAUCGCACGAACGACGAUGCUCAAAUUUUGAUCCGAGUCCGAUACAUAAUGAUAUAAUUCAUUUUUGAACGAAAUCCAUUCUCAAUAUGGCCUCACAAUUGAGCGAGACCUACGCAGACAUG